GUGAUCAACUGGUGGUCGGUAGACCUGAGAACUAGGGUAUUGAGUUUGUCCUUCGCUGGUCUCGGUAACGUGUCCACUUCACCCAAUCAUGUGUUUGGACGGCACCGAGCGCGCUACUUUCGGUUCCCGUUCUGUGAUGUGAUCCACUCGGGAGGUUUCGGAACCGCAACCCGUUCGGACCAGCGAGGAGGAAGAUGAAGGUGUCAUCAUGAAGAUGCUUGUAUUGCUGCUGCUGCUGCAGCUGUGGAUGAAGCCCUGCUCAUGCGUUGUUCCUAUUCUGCGGCCUCCGACCAACUUGACUGUGGUCUCUGUCAACUUCAACCACACACUCCACUGGAUCCCCGGACCACACACACCUCCUGGCACACGCUACAAUGUCACAUGUUCUUGGUCGAACAGGCGGCGUCCUCGGCGUCUCGGCGUUACCACGGACACAUCUCUGCGGGUGUCAGAGCUCACCAAGGGCCGGCUGUUUGAGACCUUCGUCUUCUACGUAGCAUCCACAUCUGGCAACCGCGCUUCGACACCAGCUAACACCAGCUUCGACGUCAUCCAGAGUGUGUUACGUCCUGUGUUGGUGAGUGUAGAGGGCUGUGGCGAUUGUCUGCUUGUGAACUAA